UUUUUUCCCUCAUUCAUCCAGUUCACUAGUGAAUGAUGAGGGUCACCUUGAGCUGCAAGAGUGGAUGAGACAUGCAACGGGGACAGUGGAGAUGGGAAUGGAUGGUCAGCCUCUCUUCUCCACUGAUGCACCCCGCCUUCAUCUCCUUUCUGACCAGUUGCACCUGCGGCACAUAGAGGAGAUCCGAUGCCAUAAUGUGGAUCCAUGCGUCCCACAUCAGGUGGAGAUGCGACGGUCGGUGGCUGAGGUUGAGGAGCCAUUUUUCAUCACUCCAAGGCAACAGGGAGAAUCCCUUAUUUGGCCACUUCUUGACUUCUCCCCUCAAAAUGCCCACCUUCCUCCUGGCAUUGGCCACAUGCCAGGUGUGGUACUGGAGAUCUACACAUGUCCAUCAUUUGGGGACUCAGAGCUGAGAUCCAAGCUAUGGGUCCAUUUAAGAGGUCUCGUCCUUCUCUCUGAAAAGGAAGCUGCAGACCCAACGCUGUUUCACAGAUAUUCUGUGGUUCUCCUCAUGUGUGGGGAGCACUACACGUUGUCCAAGUGCCUCCAAACACCCAUUGAACGCCCUCUUAAUAUCGCACUAUCAAAGAUGGUUCAGCCGAACACUGUCCGAUGCAGCUACUCUGUUGUCACUGCCUGCAGGUUGCGUUGGACACAGCGUGCCCUGUCACAGACAAACACGGCCAAGAUGCGUGUGCGGGGGGAACUGGAGGCCUUGCAGGCUGCACUCAGCGAAGUCACAUGCUUCCAGACCAAAAAGGAAACUGUAGCUGCUCGACUUGAGUUCCUCAGGGAGGAGCGGCGGCGCAACCUGGAGUGCCAGAAGCGCCUAACUGCCAUCAGGGAUGCUGCUGCUGCUGAGAAUUCUGAUCUCUGCUGGCAGAUGAUGAGUCGCUACCAGGACUUGAAGGGAUUUCAGAAUUCCUUGGUUGGGGUGAAGGUUGAACUGACAGGGAAGAGGGAGAGCCUGUGGGCAACACACAAUCGGCUCAUGCAGCGCCGCUUCCAUCUUGUUUCCCAGCUCAACCUCAUCUAUCCCAUCCUAAAGGACUCCGAUGGGAAAUGGAGGAUCCGUGGGGUGCAUGUUCCAAAUGCAGAGAGCUAUGUUGGGCACGAUGAUGUGAAAUUGGCUGUUGGCUUUGGCUACAUCACCCAUGUCAUCCGAAUGGUGGCUUCCUUUCUUCAAAUCCCCCUACGUUACCCUGUCCACUUCUUCGGCUCUCGCAGCACCAUCACUGAUAACAUCAAGGUUGACCUUCCAAAGAAAGAAAGAGAACUUCCCCUGUAUGACCGGAAUCGGAGGAGCCUCCACGUUGACUACGCAGCCUACUUGGUGAACAAAAACAUUGCACAGUUGCGCUGGUACUGUGGGCUGCCCACACAGGACCUCCGUGCCACACUCCCUAAUCUUGCAGCACUGCUUGAAAAUAGGCAGAGCCUCAGCUGGGAAAAGGAAAAGGCAUGGGAGAGCCCUCACAGCAUUGCAUAUACGAAGCCCAAGUCUCCUGCAUUAGAAGCCUCUUCAUUAUUCUCACAGAUGGACAUGAGGCCAACUUUUUCCAUCUCAGACUCUGAGACCCUUCCUCGCCCCACCAACCUUCCCGUUGCCUUCAGUGCCUCAUCGGAGAAUCUCACCCGCAUCGUAGAGGGCGUGCCUGGCAUCCGUACUCGUGCGUACAGCACCAGCCUUCUCUGUGCUCCUCUUGGAAGUGUUAAAAUCAGUUUCAGUGAUGUUGAACCUAUACCAGUGGUUAUGGGUCCCACAAGUGAGGAUUAUGUCGAAUCAGAAAGUCUCUUGAGUAAUGACAUCACAAAGCAUUGCAUCCUCAUUCAGGAUUGGGCUCAAGACGACAGCAUUCGUCAGGACAUCGAUGAAACACUUGGCAUACAAGAGCAGAGUAAACUUUCCUCCUCAUUUGAAGAAGAUUCCAAAGAGAAGAAUCCUACUGUUGAAAAUUCUUGGCUCCCAAGCCAAAAUUCCAAACAAGAACCAAGUUUAAUGGAGCAGGUGUGUGCUUUGUCUCUCAACGAAGAUUUUAAUGAAUGUGACAAAAAUCUCGAUGAAGAAACCGAUUGGUGCCUCGGGGUCCUGGAUCGAGCUCCGACUUGGGGUACGGGGACAUCCGAUGAUCCCGGUGAAAGCGUCACGACCCUUCCCCCAGAUCAGAAUCCCGAAGCAUCGCUCUCCGAUCGAGACUCCGAUGGCACCGGUCAAAAACCUACCUGCCUUCCUCACAAGGAAGAUUCUGAUGCAGGUUCUGACAUCCUUUGCAAAUCUGAAUCCAACCCCCCCGAACCGAUCAUCGAACGGCAUCUGAAUGACGAUUCUGCCAUGCAUGCCAGCAUGCCAAAUCCAGACUUGCCAGCCGAUGCCAUUAGCUUGACCAAUCCAAUCCCCCAGUCUGCACCAUUGAGUGAUAGCAUCUGUGAUGUUCCUGCGAACAAUUCUCCCAGCCAUUCCGGUCAUUCAGAACCCGCUUGCAGCGAUCCCGAAGGGGUGCACGACGCCCAGGCACGAUCGGACGGUGACUCUUCUCUGCCAGAAGUGGACCUAGGAAAUUCUCUGAUGGAUUCAUCAGCUGCGUUUGACCUGUUUGACCACGACAUGAUGUCUCGGCUCGAAGCGAUGUCCAGCGAUGUUUCUUCGUUUAAAUUCAUCUCCACCAAGCAGAAAAGAAAUGUCUCUUGACUUUAAUAUCAUAGUGUACUCGCGUCUAAGAUAUUUAUUUGCACGAUAUCAAAGUUUCCAGUAGCUGAACCAGAGGUAUCGACUGACUGUUGAAUUCUGGUACAGCCUGGUGCACUUGGUCUUCCGCCGUUAUAUUUUUUGUUUAUGCAAUCUGAUUGUAUCGAUAUAUCAGAAACAACGAACCAGUAUCCAUAAUUUUCCCAAUGAAAUACCAUUCCCAACCCCACC